GGGAUACUUUUACAGAGGCUUGUUUUUUGUCAAGAUUGUUUUAACCGAGCGUGUGUGGCAUCCCCUUGCAUCAUCUCUCAAAUCGAUCCCUGAUUAUAAUUUGGCGAAAUUGUUCUCUGAUUUAAAAAAAAACAACAACCUUGAGUGGCAAUCGACAGCUGAGUUGUAAGGUGAUGCUCGGUUAUAGCUGAGGUUACGUGCAGACACUGAGAUGUGAGCAAUUGAAACGCCGAGCAAAGCAUCAUGGGCUGGUGCGCUGUCGGGCGCCAUGAUUCUCGUAGUUAGUUGGACAGAAAAUGGACGCUUUUGCGAAGUUGACGAGAUGUUUGAAGCUUCCAAGACGUUCCGUAUUAUAUUUCGACAGUACGUCUCUGUUAUAACCACAUAGCAUGCGAAAGUUCGUAUCGGCUUUGACUCGCUGCUGACAGACAUAGAGAAGUAAAUAAGCAACGCUGUUGACUCGUCGCCGAGGGCGGGCUUGACGCUGCUAACACGGCUAACUUAAGCUAACGCUAAAGCUAGCGCCUGGGCGCUUGUUAGCAAGCUAAUAGUAGCCGACUGCUCACAGAAACAACCGCAUAGUUUAAUUUUAAGCUCAACCAGUACAGAAAGACUAGCCGGACCAGGGUCUAUGCCUUAAGGUAUGGCCCGAAUCUGAUGUGGAAGGUGCUGGUGAUGGCAGAAGGGACUGACAUAGGCGAAAUGCCCUCCUUUGACCCGAUACCAAGUUUUGAAGCUAAAAAGAGACCUAAUUCAUCGGAUGGCAGAGGAGAGCCAAUGAGGAAGAUGCCUGUAUCAAAAUUUGGUUCCAAACCGCGAUUUGAGCCCGUGCACUUUGUCAGUGGUGGUAGCAGUGGAGGGUCUGGCACUGACGAGAAAGAAAAUGAUAAGGAGCGCAGGAGGAGUGAGACCUAUGCUGUAAGACAGUGGGAGUCUGAACACACUUCAUACAGCAGCAGUAGAAGCCAAGGCUCCUCCUCUACACGACCUGCUUUUGACAGAGGGCAGUCAUACGGUUCUGACUCUUGGGGUUCCUAUAGGGAAAGAGACAGGGAAAGAGACAGAGGCAUAUCCUCAGGUAGUACAAGUGGCUUUGGUUAUGGAGGCAGGGCAUCCGCCUCAAACUUCAUGGCAAAAACCCAACAGGACUACACAGCCAAAUAUGAAGCACACAGCUCUCGGAAUGCAGAUUCCUACUCACAGCCCAGCAGGUUUGAUGGAUAUGGAGGAGGGAAAAGAUCAGGUGGCUGGGAUUCAGGACGGCAGGGCUUAAGCUACGGUAGUCAUCAGGACAGGCCCUCCUCCAGCAGGCCUUUCAGCAGAGUUUACAACAGCCCAGGCAGGAGCAAUCCUGCCUUUCCGUCAGGGUCUUCGUCGCAGCCUCUCCCCAUAUCUCAGGCAACCCUGGAGGAGAAGCAGAGGCUGAUCACCAAUGUGGCAUCUGCACUGGCUGUGUCUUUCAGAGACCCCAUGUUCAUGACUGGAACAGACUCGCCAAACUACAAUUUCAUGUUGAGCCGCAGCAUCCAAGCCUGCAAGACCAACCCUGAGUAUAUUUAUGUCAACCUGAAAGAUAUUCCUCAAGCCGACCUGCCGAAGAACAGGAAAGUACCGACAGAUGGCUAUGCCUGUGAACUGAGAUGUCAGUGUGUAUAUCUUGCCACUGGCUACUCUGGCAGCAAAAAUGGGGCCAGAGACCGUGCCUCUGAACAGGCUGUCAAACUCUUUUUGAAACCAGUUGAGGUCCGUAUUGUGCAGCGCAAAUAUAGACAGUCAAUUGUCAAUGACCUUGUGGUAUGUCAGAUGCAUAGCCCUACCCCAGCCUUCUUGCCUGCACUUCGCAAUCCGGAGGAUAAACCGACACCCAGCUCAAAGGGCCAAUAUGAGCCAGACAAAAGAAAACACUGGACUGAGUUUGUAGUUGUAGACAACGCUCACGAUGCCAUCUGCAUACUAAACAACUCUGCCGCCUUUAAUCGUAUGAAGAUUGACUACAAGUUUGACAUAGUGCCAAACAGCAGUAUGUGGCUAUGUAGUGUUUUCUUGCAGGGUGAGCUGGUAGCGCAGGCUAGAGGCACUAAGAAGAGUUCAAAGCAUGCAGCAGCUGAAGAGGCAGUGAGGAAACUUCGCAUGAACCAGGCAGCACGGCAGCAACAACAGCAGCAGCAGCAGCAGCAGCAACAACAACAAUCACAUUAUUCCAGAGGAAAUUAUCAAUCAGAUUCUUCUAGUGGCCGCUUUGGACAACAGGGUACUAGGAAAAAGCACUUGAGUGAGUUGGUGAUACUGGAAAACUCUGAUAAUGCCAUAUGUAUUAUUAAUGACACUGCUCAGUUUAAUAAAGUAGCUGCUGAUUACAAGUUCACGGUGUUACCUGACCAUCGAUGGAGGUGUGAAGUUUACCUCGAGGGCCAGUAUGUGGCAGCGGGUAUCGGGCCUAAGAAAAGUGUGAAACACAUUGCAGCAGAAGAGGCUUUAGCCACAUUGAGACAGACACAGGCUGUGGUGAAAUCCAACCUCAGGAAGGAGGGUCACACUGACGCUAUAUCUCGUUACCAGAUCUUGGCUCGCUCUGGCGAGGAGGCUACAAAGCAAGAGAUUAAAGAGGACAACAUUGGAAACCAACUGCUCCGCAAGAUGGGCUGGAAGGGUGGCGGUUUAGGUCGAGAUGGGGACGGCAUUGCAGAGCCAAUUAAAGUCAAGGAACAGUUCUCCAGAGAAGGACUGGGGAUGGACAUGGAUAAGCCUGGAAAUCAGCUCAGCAAGCGUGACAUUGAGGAAAUCAUCCGAAACUAUGCCAGUUCAGAGCGUCAGGAUGAUUUGCGCUUCUCUACUGAUCUCACCAAUGAUGAACGCAAGCAGAUACAUCAGAUCUCUCAAAAAUAUGGCCUGCGGAGCAAGUCGUAUGGACAGGGCAGGCAACGGUUUCUUGUCGUCAGUCGUAAAGUACAUAAAGACCAGCUCAUUGGUCAGCUGUUACAAGAGGGGCAGGUGGGACGUUAUGAGCUGGUAAAACCUCAGGCCUCUCACUGAUUUGCAUGCAGAGCUCUCAAAAACUCACUGGCUUGGACCUAAGAACAGAAAACACAAGUAUAAAAAGUAUUGUUAAUACUUUUGUGAGACAAAUGUACAUCAGUAGGUCAUUUUUGGGACACACUUCAAUGGUUUCUGCAUUCCUUUGCCAUUAAAAUAUAGUUAUAAGUAUAUUUAGCAUCAGCAGGGGCUUUUGGAUAAGAAGUCAUUUUUUUAACAUCUUUUGUUCCUUCCAUUCCGCAAGUCCCGUUUGGUUCACUCACACAAGAUUUUGUGUGCUUUGUGCUAUCCUAUCUUGUCCUGAUAAUGUUUGUUAAUUCUUAAUUAAAAUGAGGUGUUUGUUGUCAAAAUUCACUUUUUCCUUAAGUGUUAACUUGGCUACAAAAUGAACUGGGCUGAAUGUGCAUCUUUUUCCAAUUAUGGCUUCAUGUCAUGGACACCGACACAUCAGACAGCACGGCAACAUCUGAUCUGCUCAUACCAGUUGCACUGUAUUGAUAAAUAUUUCUUCCACAGGACUACUUGCAAUGUUUGCUGUCAUAGCUGCAGAUGAUUCUAAAAGUUAACGUUGGCAUCAUGAGUGGAAAUACAACCUUCACAUGAAAAAAGUGUGUUAAGCUGUGAUCUUUGUUAAAUGUCAGAUGUAUUGGUUUAUGUGGAUACAGUAAUCUUGUCUGCUUGUUUUCACAGCUGUAAUAACUGAAUAAAUUAAAACCAUUC